CGCCGCAUUGGCCGGCCGCUGCCGCACCAACACGCAGCCUCCGGCGCCCGCGCUCCCAGCCGCCUCUGCAGCCCGACCGCGCCUGCAGUGGACCCGGGGAUCGUCCGCCCAUGGCCCUCGGGCCGCCGGCCCUGCGCCCAGGCCUGCACGCUGCCUCCGCCACUCGCCGGGGACUGCGUCGACCCCCUAGUGGUGCGAGAUGCUGAACGGCUCCCGCCUGGACAAAGCUCUUAAGAUGUCCUUGCUGCGAAGGUCCAGGAUCCACUCGUCCGUAGGACCUGUUCGUCCUUCUUCGGGCUAUAAGAAGGCAGAUGAUGAGAUGUCCCGGGCCACGUCUGUUGGAGACCAGCUGGAGGCACCAGCCCGCACCAUUUACCUCAACCAACCGCAUCUCAAUAAAUUCCGUGACAACCAGAUCAGUACGGCCAAGUACAGCGUGUUGACAUUUCUACCUCGAUUCCUGUAUGAGCAGAUCAGAAGAGCUGCUAACGCCUUCUUCCUCUUCAUUGCCUUAUUACAGCAAAUCCCAGAUGUAUCUCCAACAGGAAGAUACACCACCCUGGUGCCGUUGAUCAUUAUUUUAACAAUUGCAGGCAUCAAAGAGAUUGUAGAAGAUUUUAAGCGACAUAAGGCAGACAAUGCAGUUAACAAAAAGAAAACAAUAGUGUUAAGAAAUGGUAUGUGGCAUACCAUUAUGUGGAAAGAGGUGACAGUGGGAGACAUUGUGAAGGUCGUCAAUGGGCAGUAUCUCCCAGCAGACAUGGUCCUGCUAUCCUCCAGUGAACCUCAGGCAAUGUGUUAUGUUGAAACAGCUAAUCUAGACGGGGAGACGAACCUUAAAAUACGUCAGGGCUUGAAUCACACAGUUGACAUGCAAACAAGGGAGGUACUGAUGAAGUUGUCUGGGACUGUGGAAUGUGAAGGGCCCAACCGCCACCUCUAUGACUUCACUGGAAACUUGAACUUAGAUGGGAAAAGCCCUGUUGCCCUUGGGCCUGACCAGAUCUUAUUAAGAGGUACACAGCUUAGAAAUACUCAGUGGGUCUUUGGCAUAGUUGUUUACACUGGACACGACACCAAACUCAUGCAGAAUUCCACCAAAGCUCCUCUUAAGAGAUCAAAUGUUGAGAAAGUGACCAAUGUGCAGAUCCUGGUGUUGUUUGGCAUCCUCUUGGUCAUGGCCUUGGUGAGCUCAGCAGGGGCCCUAUACUGGAAUGGGUCUCAAGGUGGAAAGAACUGGUACAUCAAGAAGAUGGACACGACCUCGGAUAAUUUUGGAUAUAACUUGUUGACAUUCAUCAUCUUGUACAAUAACCUUAUUCCCAUCAGUUUACUGGUGACUCUUGAGGUUGUGAAAUACACUCAAGCCCUUUUUAUAAACUGGGACACAGAUAUGUAUUAUCCUGGAAAUGACACCCCCGCGAUGGCCAGGACUUCAAACCUGAAUGAAGAGCUCGGCCAGGUUAAAUACCUGUUUUCUGACAAAACUGGAACUCUUACAUGCAAUAUCAUGAACUUCAAGAAGUGCAGCAUUGCUGGAGUAACCUAUGGUCAUUUUCCCGAAUUGACCAGAGAGCCAUCCUCAGACGACUUCUCUCGGAUGCCUUGUCCCCCUAGUGAUUCAUGUGACUUUGAUGAUCCCAGGCUCUUGAAAAACAUGGAGGAUCGACAUCCCACAGCUCCCUGCAUACAGGAGUUCCUCACCCUUCUGGCUGUGUGCCACACCGUUGUUCCUGAGAAGGAUGGAGAUAACAUCAUCUACCAGGCUUCCUCCCCAGAUGAAGCUGCUUUGGUUAAAGGAGCUAAAAAGCUGGGCUUCGUGUUCACAGCCAGGACACCCUACUCAGUCAUCAUAGAAGCCAUGGGACAGGAGCAGACAUUUGGAAUCCUUAAUGUCCUGGAAUUUUCUAGUGACAGAAAGAGAAUGUCUGUAAUUGUUCGAACUCCUUCAGGACAACUCCGACUCUAUUGUAAAGGGGCUGACAAUGUAAUUUUUAAGAGACUUUCAAAAGAUUCCAAAUACAUGGAGGAAACAUUAUGCCAUCUGGAAUAUUUUGCCACAGAAGGCUUGCGGACUCUCUGUGUGGCUUAUGCUGACCUCUCUGAGAGUGAUUAUGAGGAGUGGCUGAAAGUCUACCAAGAAGCCAGCACCAUACUGAAAGACAGAGCUCAGCGGCUGGAGGAGUGUUAUGAAAUCAUUGAGAAGAACUUACUGUUACUUGGAGCCACAGCCAUAGAAGAUCGCCUUCAAGCAGGUGUUCCAGAAACCAUAGCAACUCUGUUGAAGGCAGAAAUUAAAAUAUGGGUGUUGACAGGAGACAAACAAGAAACUGCGAUUAAUAUAGGAUAUUCCUGCCGGUUGGUAUCACAGAAUAUGGCCCUUAUCCUAUUGAAGGAAGAUUCUUUGGAUGCAACGAGGGCAGCCAUCACUCAGCACUGCACAGACCUUGGAAAUUUGUUGGGCAAGGAGAACGACAUGGCCCUUAUCAUCGACGGCCACACCCUCAAGUAUGCGCUGUCCUUUGAAGUGCGAAGGAGCUUCCUAGACUUGGCGCUCUCGUGCAAAGCCGUCAUAUGCUGCAGAGUGUCUCCUCUGCAGAAGUCUGAGAUAGUAGACGUGGUUAAGAAGCGGGUAAAGGCCAUCACCCUCGCCAUCGGGGAUGGUGCCAAUGAUGUCGGGAUGAUCCAGACGGCCCACGUGGGUGUGGGAAUCAGUGGGAAUGAAGGCAUGCAGGCGACGAACAACUCGGAUUAUGCCAUCGCUCAGUUUUCCUACCUGGAGAAGCUCCUGCUGGUCCACGGUGCCUGGAGCUACAACCGGGUGACCAAGUGCAUCUUGUACUGCUUCUACAAGAACGUGGUUCUCUACAUUAUCGAGCUUUGGUUCGCCUUUGUAAAUGGAUUUUCUGGGCAGAUUUUAUUUGAACGUUGGUGCAUCGGCCUGUACAAUGUGAUUUUCACUGCGUUGCCGCCCUUCACCCUGGGAAUCUUUGAGAGGUCUUGCACUCAGGAGAGCAUGCUCAGGUUUCCUCAGCUCUACAAAAUCACCCAGAAUGCUGAAGGCUUCAACACGAAGGUUUUCUGGGGUCACUGCAUCAACGCCUUGGUCCACUCCCUCAUCCUCUUCUGGUUUCCCAUGAAAGCGCUGGAGCAUGAUACCGUGUUGGCCAACGGUCAUGCCACAGACUAUUUAUUUGUUGGAAACAUUGUUUACACAUAUGUUGUCGUCACUGUUUGUCUGAAAGCUGGCUUGGAGACUACAGCCUGGACUAAAUUCAGUCAUCUGGCUGUCUGGGGAAGCAUGCUGAUCUGGCUGCUGUUUUUUGGUGUCUACUCAACCAUCUGGCCCACCAUUCCUAUUGCUCCAGAUAUGAAAGGGCAGGCAGCGAUGGUCCUGAGCUCUGCACACUUCUGGUUGGGAUUAUUUCUGGUACCUACUGCGUGUCUGAUCGAAGACGUGGCAUGGAGAGCGGCCAAGCACACCUGCAAGAAGACACUGCUGGAGGAGGUACAAGAGCUGGAAACGAAGAUGGGCAAAACGGUGCUUCGGGACAGUAACGGGAAGAGGAUGAAUGAGCGGGACCGCUUGUUAAAGAGGCUCAGCAGGAAGACGCCCCCCACUCUCUUCCGUGGGAGUUCCCUCCGGCAGAGCGUUCCACAUGGGUACGCCUUCUCUCAAGAAGAGCAUGGAGCUGUCACUCAGGAAGAAAUUGUUCGUGCUUAUGACACCACCAAAAAGAAAUCGAGGCAGAAAUAAGAGUCAAGUUUUCCUGACUGAGGCUAGGAAAAAGAUGCAAUUUGUUGUACUCAUUGUGAACAUGUCUUUGUCAGAAGAGACUGGUGUCAGCAGCCAAAACAUGGGAAAACACAUUUCUGUGGCCUUAGCCAACCAGUUUGUUAGUUAUAUUCCCACGCAAACCCGGGGUGCGUACCACGGGGAAGCCAUUUCUCCCUCCCCGUUUGUCUGCAGUGCUCGGCCUAAUCUUUGUUUACCUUGUUAUGAAGCGUUCAGCUGUGCUCUGUGAAGUGUGAAAUUAAAAACAUUAUGUCACACCGAUAUUUAAACAUCAGUACAAGUUGUUCUGUGAGCAAAGAUAAAAGAGUCUUAUGUUGCGUGAGAAACCUACCUUGUGACAGGGGAGCCGGGACACCCUCGCUUCUUGUUUUGUUACUUCACAGAUUAAGUCCACGGGGCAACAUGUAGACUUCCCUUUAGGGAAAGUUGCUGUCUUGCUUUGUUUUCUGUUUUGUUUGUAUGAAGUUGGCAUAAACUUCUUGACCGCA